CUGAGGUAGGAAGUCUUGGCGGGCUCGCUUUCAUCGUAUACUACUACUAACUAGGGGAUUGAUUAUACUGGCCCAUUGUACUGGUGAUUGGAGGCUGUGAUGAUGUAAUGCGAGGAUGCUUCGAUGAGUUUAUGUGCUGUUUCUUUGGGUGCUAUUAGGUAAUGGGCUAGGAUGCUGAGAUGAGGAUGCGAGAAAUGCGAGGGCUAAGGUGUGCGGAUGGAUGGGUAUGAGGAUAGUCUGGUGAGGAGGGUAUAUUUGUCUGGUCAAGCGCAGAUGUAUAAAGAUGCUUGGACUCGCCUCGUUUCUUUUGCUGGUGUGUGUGUCUAGAUAUGUAGAUACAUCUGCAUAGGAAAUACUGGCGGUGUGUACAAGAUCAGCCAGACUGACUGAGGUUUGCUAACUGCUUGUUUUUACUAUCUUGCUAGCUUGCUUGAAACAUCCUCCUAGUCAUUUACCUUUGAGAUCUCCCUUAUUACCUUUUUACCCCUUAUUUGAAUACCAUCAGCUUUAUUGUUAUAUUAUAUACGAGAUGGCACGCACCUCAUCACCCUCUUGGAUGAAAGCAGGGUGGUUGAGGGCGGCGUCAUUAUUACUCCUGGCCUCUUUCAUUACUGUUGAGGCGUCUCUCGACUGUCGUGCCCCUGGCCCCGUCGUGCCUAAGCCGAGACAUAUCCAUGGCCACGAACGCCUUGUCAAGGCUACGACGGAGCUUAGCGGUAAGCUUGAGGAUGCGGUGAUGGGUGAGAUUAAGGCUGGGUGGCCGGUUGAGGAGACUUCUUUUAGUAUUGGGGUGAUUGCGCAUGAUCAGGAAAAUGCUGCUGUGCCGGUCUGGGAAUACCACUAUCUUUCACCUGCGAAUGUUAAUGGAACGAAGGAUCUGUCGAGAGACUCGCAGUUCCUUAUUGGCUCUAUCAGCAAGGUUAUUUCGGAUUAUAUCUUGUUGAUGAGUGGUAUUGAUAUUGAUGAGAGUGUUGCCGAGUUCGUUCCUGAGCUGAGGGAUGAAGCGUCCGCGAUUAGAUGGGGGGAUAUAACGUUGAGGCAUCUUGCUACCCAGGUUGCUGGCAUUCCGCCGAAUUAUGGAUUCUCAGAGUAUUACUAUCUCAAAGACUACUUUGAGUCCCUCGGCUUCCCGCACGUUGAAGACGAGGCGUAUGCUGAAUGUGGCAUCAUCGGGCUCAAUGGAGGAUGUACACGCGAACAAUUCCUAAAAGGCAUGCUCGAAUCCCACCCCGUCGCGCAACCCGCUGAGCGUCCUGUGUAUUCCAACAUCGCAUUCACGCUGCUCAUGUACGCCGUCGAAUCCCGCACGGGCAUGAACUACACCGAGCUCCUGCGGACAUACGUCUCGGACCCGCUUGCACUGAAAAAUACUAUCGUGAGCCCUGGCGAUGACGACAAGGCUGUUAUCCCGCCUGUUGAUAAUAGUUGGGGAUCGGAUUAUGGGGAUAAUGCGCCUGGUGGCGGCCUCGUAUCCUCUCUCUCUGACCUCUCCAUCUUCAUCCAUGCGAUCCUCGACGGCACUAUCUUCGGCGCUGACAACACCACGGCCGUCCGCGAGUGGCUCAAGCCAACAUCUUCCACGGGCUCACUGUACUCUCUCGUCGGCACCCCCUGGGAGAUCUACCGCACCAACGAGCUUAUCUCCCACACAGUUGAUUUAUACGCUAAAGGCGGCUCCGCGUACGGAUAUCAGUCCCAGAUGGCCCUAGUCGAUGAGUACGGCGUCGGAAUCGUCGUGUUAACUGCUGGAUCGCCGCUUGCCUCGGGGCCGAUAUAUGACGCUGUCCUGGCAACGAUGGUCCCUGCGCUUGAUGAUAUCGCGCGCGAGCAGGCGAGGCAGAGAGGGUAUACGGGGGUGUUUGUGGAUGGAAAUAGCGCUAGCUGUGGGAAUGGUUCAAGCGCCGACUUUAAUGUCACUGUUGUUCAGGACGCGGACUCCCUUGUACUACACGGUGUCGAGCGUAACGGCACGGAUAUCCUGGCUUCGUUGCGCGAGAUCUGGACGGUUACUAUUGGGGGUUUCCUCGCUGUUACACCGUCAACGGCGCGCAUCUUUCCUAUUCAGAUACGCAAGGAGGUAAAGCUACCGAUGGCGGAUGGUAGUGAGAAGAAAGUCGUGCGGGAGGAUUGGAGGCUCGAUUGGGACUUUCUCGCGAGUGGUGAGACGGAUUUGCCUGGUGCGGGACUCUCGAAUAAGAAUUGUCUCGCCUGGACGCUGACGGAUUGGAUGUACUAUGGCUCGGAGCCUAUUGAUCGGAUCGUGUUUGUGCUGGAUGCUGAGACGGAGGAGGUUAUUGGUUUGGAGAUUCCGUACUUGAGAUCAGAUGUUUUGGUGCCCGUUACGAUAUUGUAGAUGGAUGACCUGUCUUGGUCUGUACAUUUAUAUACCUAGUCUCGCGAGAUACCUGGAUGGUUCCAAAUAAAGUGAUAUCGUGUGGAUUAUCGCUCGUAUUAUGGUAUUAUAUCAUUGUCAUUUCCCAUAGCCAUAGACAUAACCAUUUCCGCUGCGCUGUAAUAUGCUACCAAAAUAGACAAUAUGAUCUGAUUAAACCCGACAAGGCCAUUACCUACUUGUGCCCUUGAUCCUCGUAGCGUUGUAGUAUCGAGGGUCC